AUGAAGGCCGGAUUCUUCCUCGUUGCUGCCGCCGCUGGCGCCAUGGCCCAAUCUACCGUGACCUCCAGUAUGCCAAUCACGCGACCGUCAUAAGCAGAGCAGCAAAUGCUAAUCAGCUCCUCUCAGGCACUGCUUCCACUCGUUCAACUAGCAGCUCUGCAAACGGCAUGCCAGUCGCAGUCACCACCACCAGUAAGCUCUCCUCUGAACGCUCAUAUCCUCCUUCCUGCAAGUCACUUAAACAUUGCAACUAGGCACCAUCGCAGCCACCACCAACGGCGGUUCCACCACCGGUACCCGCGCCGUCACCACCAUCACCAGCACCUCCACCUCCAGCGCCACGUCCACCGCUCUCACCGGCAACGGCGGCUCCACCACCGCCCGCUCCUCCACCUCCGGAGCUGCUGCCGCCGCCAGUGCUUCUUCCUCUUCCGCUUCCAAGGCUUCCGCUUCUUCCUCUUCCGCUUCUUCCUCUUCCGCUUCCAAGGCUUUUGCCUGCGCCACCUACGUUCCUCAGAUCGGCGCCGUCCUCGGACUGGGUGCUGCUCUCUUCGUUUAA